AUGGCUUUGUUGAAGAGGGAAAUUUUGUUGCUCUUGAUUUUUGUGGGUGUUUGUGGCCUUUGCAAUUGCUCUGUGUACAAAGUUGGUGAUAGUGAUGGGUGGACUAUCAUGGGCGAUGUGGACUAUAACCAAUGGGCUUCCUCAAAAACCUUCAAAAUUGGUGACACUCUUGUUUUCGAGUACGAUCAAGACUUUCACAACGUGAUGCAAGUAAGCCAAUCGGACUUCGAAUCUUGCAAUCCAACGGCUCCCAUAGCCACCUACUCCACCGGCAACGACUCCAUCGGCAUCCAUAGCUCCGGCGACUAUUACUACAUAUGUGGCGUUGAGGGCCACUGUAGCCAAUUCGGACAGAAGGUGGAGAUAAGGGUGCCCAAUUCUCCUCGGCCCACUAUUCCAGGCCCAGGCCCAGCUCCCCAUGGGCCUGAAGAAGCUCAACCGAACCCUCCACAGAACCUUCCUACUGUGCCAGUUAGGCCAACCCCACCUUCAAACAAUGCAAAAUCAUAUCUGUCAAAAAAUAUACUGUCUUCUGCUAGUGUUGGGCUGUUGCUUCUACUUAUGAUGGCUUCAAUUGAUGGGUUUAUUUGGACUGUGUGCAUGGCUCUGUUGAAAAGGGAAAUUGUGUUGGUCUUGAUUUUUGUGGGUAUAAUUUGUGGUUUUUGCAAUUGCUCUGUGUACAAAGUUGGUGAUAGUGUUGGGUGGACUAUCAUUGCCAAUGUGGAUUAUAACCAAUGGGCUUCCUCUAAGACCUUCAAAGUUGGUGACACUCUUGUUUUCGAGUACGAUCAAGCAUUUCACAACGUGUUGCAAGUAAGCCGGUCGGAUUUCCACUCAUGCACUCCGGCAGCUCCCAUGGCCACCUACGCCACCGGCAACGACUCGAUCACCAUCCAUAACCCCGGCCACUAUUACUACAUUUGCGGCUUUGCGGGCCAUUGCCAAGCCGGACAGAAGGUCGACAUAAGGGUGCCCAGGUCCACUCGGCCCACUAUUCCAGGCCCAGCCCAGGCUCCCCUCGGGACUGAAGCUCCACAAGACCUUCCUAUCAGGCCGGUUGGGCCAGCCCCUUCUCCAAACGGCGCAGAAUCAAUUCUGCGUAAAAAUGGGCUGUUCUCCAAUACUAUUUUCUCCAAGCUCGAGCAGCAAUGGCUGCACCACUACGAGGGCAAAAAAACCCGCGUCCUCAGCAUCGACGGCGGAGGAACCACCGCCAUUGUCGCCUGCGCCGCCUUGGUCCGCCUAGAGGACCAGAUCCAGGAGAAAACCGGCGAUCCCAACGCUCGCGUGGCUGAUUUCUUCGACAUCGUCGCCGGCACCGGAAUCGGCGCCCUCCUCGCCGCGAUGCUCGUCGCUGACGACGGCUCCGGACGGGCGCUGCACUCCGCGAGAGGCGCCGCCGCGUUCCUGAUGGAGAAUCGUGGCCGGCUUUUCAAAUCGAGAAGCGCCGGCGUCUUCCGACGCCGGACGAGGUUCUCCGGCGGGAGCAUGGACGCCGUACUGAAGGAGGCCUUCCGGAGGGAGGACGGGAAGGUGAUGAAGAUCUCCGACGCGUGCAAGCCGGUGCUCGUGCCGUGCUUCGAUCUGAUCAGCUCGGCGCCUUUUGUGUUCUCGCGAGCCGACGCCGUCGGCUCGUCGAGCUUCGACUUCGAGCUGUGGCGGGUGAUACGAGCCGCGAUAGCGACGCCGCCGGUGCUCAAGCCGUACAAACUGUCGUCCGUGGACGGCACGACGACUUGCCUGGCGGUUGACGGCGGACUCGUGAUGAACAACCCGACGGCGGCGGCCGUCACGCACGUGCUGCACAACAAGCGGGAUUUCCCGUCGGUGACCGGAGUCGAGGAUCUGCUGGUGCUGUCGAUCGGUAACGGACCAAUGAGCAGCCCGUCGGGUCUGAAGCUCCGCCGCGACGGCGAGUGCUCGACGGGGACGGUCGUCGGAAUCGCCCUCGACGGCGUAUCGGAGAGCGUCGACCAGAUGCUGGGCAACGCCUUCUGCUUGAAUCCCCAGGAUUACGUUAGAAUUCAGGCUAACGGCGAGGGGGAAGACGUUCUGGCGGAGAGGGCAAUAGAGUCGUUGCCGUUUGGCGGCAAACGCCUUCUGACGGAGACCAACGGACAGAGGCUCGAAGGGUUUGUGCAGCGGCUUAUUGCGACGGGAAAGGGGAGCCUGCCGCCGAGUCCGUGCAAAGAGACGGCCGUUAGUCCCCUGGUUAACGGCCGUUAG